AUGGCGACUAUUAUAUUGCAUGUAGCGCACGUCGCCAACAUAGCCAACUAUCAGAACCAGAGCCUGUUGGGCAGCCAUCACCAUCUGCUCCAUAUCGCCGAACCACAAUUGCAACUGCUGCCCGCAGUGACAACGACGCCGACGCCGACGCCGCCAACGCUGACGACAGCAGCAUCGACAGCAGCCUCCAUAAUACCCAGCACCAACACCAACACCACGCCCAUCGACAACCAACAACACCAGCGGCCAGUGUUUGAAAAAGCCAUCACCAUUUCGUCGAUUGCGAUUAAACGCAGGCCGACGCUGCCGCAAACGCCAGCGAGUGCCCCACAGGUGUUGUCGCCGUCGCCCAAGCGCCAGUGCGCCGCCGCCGUUUCGGUGCUGCCCGUGCCCGCAGCAGCAGCAGUUGCCGCGCCCGGUGCCCAUCUGCAGUACGCCACCUCGCCGGCAGCAGCAGCAGCAGCAGCCGCCGCCGCCGCCGCAGCAGCAGCAGCCGCAGCGCUCAAGGGCCAUCAGCUGAGCUUUGCACACCCCACACAGUUUGCGGCCGCCGUAGCCGCGCACCACCAGCAACAGCAGCAGCAGCAGCAGCAACAGCAACAGCAGGUUGCCUACGCACACCAGCAACACCAGCAGCAGCAGCAACAGCAGCAGCAGCAGCAGCGUUUGGCCCAGUUCAAUCAGGCAGCCGCCGCCGCUGCCUUGCUCAACCAGCAUCUACAGCACUCGGCCGUUGCAGCUGCCGCGGCGCAUCAGCAACAGCAGCAGCAGCACGUGGCGGUGCUGCAGCACCAGCACCAACAGCAACAGCAGCAGCAGCAGCAAGCGCCUGCCCAUUAUAGUGGAUAUCAGCUGCGACACGCUCACGCACAGUACGCACCACAGCAGCAACAGCAGCACUUGGUGCUGAGCAACAGCAACACCAACAAGCAGCACCAACAGCAGCAGCAGCAGCACACACCAGCAGCAACCACUGCGCUAAGUGUUGCCACAGCAGCAGCAGCAGCAGCAACAACAGUCAACAGCAGCAACAAUACCAACUCCCCGGGCAGCUCCACGCACGAGUCACAGUCGCACGAGUCGGCGCCGACGACUCCCUCGCCGGCAGGCAGUGCCAGUGCCGCAGCAACAGUCGCCAGCGACAGCAACAACAACAACACCAACACAACAACAACAGCAGCAACAGCAGCGACAGCAAUAAGCAGAGAAGCCAGCAUAAUGGAAAAUCAAAUGGCGCUCGCCCCGCUGGGACUCUCACAGAGCAUGGACUCCGUGAACACGGCCAGCAACGAGGAAGAGGUGCGCACAUUGUUCGUCAGCGGCUUGCCAAUGGAUGCUAAGCCACGCGAGCUCUAUUUGCUAUUCAGAGCCUAUGAGGGCUACGAAGGAUCUCUACUGAAAGUAACUAGCAAAAAUGGCAAAACAGCAUCGCCCGUUGGUUUCGUAACAUUCCAUACAAGAGCCGGAGCCGAGGCAGCCAAACAGGAUCUGCAGCAGGGUGUACGCUUCGAUCCCGAUAUGCCCCAAACAAUUCGCUUGGAAUUCGCCAAGAGUAACACGAAAGUGAGCAAACCCAAACCACAGCCCAAUACAGCGACAACAGCCUCACAUCCUGCAUUGAUGCACCCACUCACUGGACAUCUGGGCGGGCCAUUCUUUCCGGGCGGACCCGAGCUAUGGCAUCAUCCGUUAGCGUAUUCAGCCGCCGCCGCCGCUGAGCUGCCCGGUGCCGCUGCCUUGCAGCAUGCAACACUCGUGCAUCCGGCACUGCAUCCGCAGGUGCCCGUACGCUCCUAUCUCUGACUAAAUACAGACAAAGUAAUGGAGCAGCCUAUGCAUCAAACUCAAAUGACAAUGCCACAUCAUCAGACAACUGCAACCGCUUUACAUCCCAGCCAGCAGGCGGCCAUGGCGCACUUGGCCGCUGGCGGCGGUGGCGCCGGUGGUGCUGCUAGUGCAGCAGCCGCCGCUGCUGCUGCCGCUGCGGCGCCACAAGGGGCUGCAGGCAACCCAGCAGCAGCAGCCGCUGCAGCCGCCGCCGCCGCCGCUGCGGCCGCAUCACAUCAUCAUUUUUUAUCCAGUCCCGCUCUGGCUAGCCCCGCCGGCUCCACCAACAAUGCCGCGCAUCCAGCCAACCCACAAAUAGCCGCCAAUGCGCCCUGCUCGACGCUGUUCGUAGCCAACUUGGGUCAGUUCGUGUCCGAGCACGAGCUGAAGGAGGUGUUCUCUAGUAUGCCUGGCUUUUGUCGCCUCCGAAUGCACACAAAAGCAGCAGCAGCAGCAGCAGCCACAAAUUGCAAUACCAGCAGCAGCAGCAGCAACAGCAACACCAAUUCUGGCCAGCAGCAGCAGCAGCAUCCGGUAGCCUUUAUUGAAUUCAACGAUGCUCCGAGUGCUGCGCAGGCCAUGCAUCAGCUGCAGGGCAAGUACUUGCUCAGCUCAGAUCGCGGCUGCAUACGCAUCGAAUACGCCAAGACCAAGAUGCUAAACGAGCUGUCGCUGCCGCUGCCGCUAAUGAAUGGCAAGCCACCAGCAGCAGCAGCAGCAGCAGCAGCAGCCGCAGCAGCCGCAGCAGCACAACAGCAACAACUAUUUUUAUUGAAUGGCGGCUUGGAUUUGGGGCAUGUUGCGAAUGCCAAUAUGCUCGUCGCGGCACAGGCAUCGGCCCAACAACAGCAACAGCAACAGCAGCAACAGUUUCAGCUACAGCAAAUGCAACAGCAGCAGCAGCAGCAGCAGCAGCUACAGCAACAACAACAACAACAACAGCAGCAACCACUACAAGUACAGCCAACUGCAGGCUGCACCAGCACCAGCACCACUAGCGUUGUUGUUAACUCACUACAGCACCACCAACUUCAUCCAAAUCAGCACCACCAAAAUCAUCUCUUUAGAGACAGGAGCGGGUAUGGAAUCAAGGCAUGAUUUGCUCGCUAAGAAACUAGAGCGUGAAAUGCAGCAGCAGCAGCAGCAGCAGCAA